UUUAACCGUGCUUCGUUUAGGUAGUACAAAACAUCUAAAUUAGUAGAUUCGAUAGAUAUUUGACGACGCUGACACUAUGUUUAAUGUUAUUUUUAUAGACCGAACUACAAAGCAAGAUUUGUAUUGGUGUUGACUUUUGACUGUGAGAAAUAGAUUUCUGGUGCAAUUACUCUAGUGGUUCAUUCAAGAAGGUAUUCGUUUGCAAUAUCACAUGUACAAAGCGGUCAAAAAUAGUGUAAGAAAACUUGAAAAUUACGUGAUACUUCAAUUAAUUGUCGAACCUAACCUCGAACUUGUAACACGAGAAGGAGAUGUCAGUUUAGCCAGUUCAAACCAGGUGUAUUACGGAUCCUCCGAAUCUCCUUAAUUGUUCUGAUUACUUGCAUCUUUGCUGCGUGUUAAAAGAGGGAUGCCACGCAGCAAGCGUAGAGCGCCCUCUAGCACAAACCAUCACCAUACUUCUAUUGAAAUGUCACCUAGUGCCCAGGACGAGGGUAUACCAAGGCAUCCUUCGAAACGACUUAGACACACAUCUAGUGCAAGACGUUAUACAAAAACAGAAGAUGUUUCAAGUACUUCAAGCUUUUCCCAAAAGCGUUGUAUCACUUGGUUCAGAGAAUACACAACACCUGAUGAUUCAGACACUCUCGGUCCUGAAGGAAUGGAAAAAUUCUGUGAGGAUAUUGGUGUAGAACCUGAAAAUGUAGUAAUGCUUGUCCUUGCAUAUAAAAUGAAUGCUCGCCAAAUGGGCUUCUUCACACUAAGUGAAUGGUUGAAAGGUCUUUCGGAAUUACAGUGUGAUUCUAUUAGUAAAAUACAACAAAAACUUGAGUACCUAAGGAAUCAGUUAAAUGAUCCACAUACAUUCAAAGGAAUUUACAGAUAUGCUUAUGAUUUUGCUAGAGACAAAGAUCAAAGGAGCAUGGACAUGGAAACAGCUAGAGUUAUGUUACAGUUACUUUUGGGAAAACAUUGGCCACUUUUCACACAGUUUGCUCAGUUCCUAGAUCAGUCAAAGUACAAAGUGAUUAAUAAAGAUCAAUGGUGCAACAUUUUAGAAUUUUCUCGUACAAUUAAUCAUGACUUGUCUAACUAUGAUUUAGAUGGAGCAUGGCCAGUAAUGCUUGAUGAAUUUGUUGAAUGGUUAAAAAUGCAGCGAGGUAAAGAAGCAUCGUCAACAGAAGUUAGAAGCAGCUGAAACAUUCAAUAAAAA